AUGUAUUUCAGCGCAACACUGACCCCUGUGUUGACAACACUGCUGAACGAUUGGGCAGUCCAAAUUCUUGUCCUUCUGAGCUUCGGUCUUCAAGUUUUCCUGCUCUUGUUUGCUUGGAUCCGUCGGCACAACGUGUCACCUGUACCAAGGUUGCUUCUGUGGUUGGCCUACCUUCUAGCCGACUCGACCGCGCUCUUCACCCUUGGCCACCUCUCCAUUAGCAGCAGGCUGAAGGAGCACCAGCUGGUGGCGUUCUGGGCGCCGCUCCUCCUGGUGCAUCUGGGUGGCCAGGAUACCAUCACAGCCUACUCCAUAGAGGACAACGGCAUCUGGUUGCGCCACCUGCAGACACUCGUGGUGCAGGUAGCGGGAGCUGUCUUUGUCAUGUACAAGUACAUACCAGGAAGCGAGAGCUUGGUCAUCGCGGCUGCGGUGCUGAUCUUUGUGGUGGGCGUCCUCAAGUAUGCUGAGAGGAUAUGGGCGCUCAAGUGCGCCACCAUGGAUAGCAUCUGGCUGUCUCUCGACACGGACGCCAGCGUCGUCGACAGGGGCAAUGAUGCACUUUUCGAGGCGUUGCUGGUCAGAAGGCACUGCCUGGAUGCAGAGGAUGUUCUGAUGGCGGCACACGGCCUGCUGGAUGUCUGCAAGGGACUGUUCAUCGGCCUGAGGUCACUGCAGCGCCCGUAUCUGGGGCAGGUGGUGCAGUCAUUCAACUUCUGUGGCCGCCUGGACAUGCUGAUGGAGAUGGAGCUGUCCCUGAUGUACGACAUCAUGUACACCAAGGCGGUGGUGAUCCACACCUGGUACGGAUUCUGCAUCCGCAUCAUUGCGCCGGUUGCCACAGUGGUAGCGUUCGUGCUGUUUCAGGUAAGCAGCAAAGAUGGUCACAGCAGACAUGAUGUGGUCAUCUCCUACGUCUUGCUGGUCGGGGCCUUAGUCCUGGAGAUGGCAUCCUUGGUCAGGGCAGUCGGGUCUACCUGGACACGGGCCUGGCUGUAUGACAAGAUGAUGAUGAAACAAGAAGAAGCACAAGCAGCAGACACAGCAAACAGUUACUCCAAAUGGAGCUUUUUCCACGAUGAGCUUGUAUCGUUCCGCCACGUGGUCGGGGCAGCCAGGAACAGGAGGUGGUCCGGCUCUGUCGGGCAGUAUAACUUGCUGCUGUCCUGCGCCCGGGACCAUGGGGAGCCCCAUGGCAAACUGCGCCGGAUCAUGCGCCUUGUCAAGGACUUGUGGAGGGGCAACCAGCAACAGUCGUGGUCGGUCGAGGUUUCGGGCUCAACCAAGGAGUCGGUGCUAAGCGAGGUGCUACGGAUUGUAGGGAAAGGUCGACAUGAUGGUGGCAACGGCAAUGUCGGCGCCUUCCCGGGUCUGGUCACACUGAAAGAGUUCGGCCUCACGGACCACCUCGGCUGGAGCGUCCAAGACAUUGGCUUCGAAGACAGCAUCAUCGCGUGGCACAUCGCCAGUGACAUCUGCAUGUUCAAGGAUCGCAGCAAGAAGGAGAGGCUGAAGGAGGCCAUCCGUGUGGUAUCUAACUACAUGAUGUUCCUCCUGGUUGAACGCCCCUACAUGCUACCCGGUCCAGUGCGUCGCAGCAGGCACCAACAUGUCCGCGAGGCGCUGUGCCGGGUGAUGCGAACCACGGAAGAUGCAGGCGACAGCCAGUGGGAGCCAGAGGAGCGUGUGAAGUGGGCUCUGCGCACCGAGUUGCGUGCUGUUGUCAACAACUUUGAUGACCCCGCAGAUUACGACAACGGAGUAAGGCUGGCGGACAUGCUCUACCACCGACACAGCCGCCUUGAGAUCAUCUUUGGCGUGUGGGUGGAGAUGCUUUGCUUUGUUGCUGAUCACUGCAGCAGAGAAUCCCAUGCCAGGCAGCUCAGCAGCGGCGGCGAACUGGUCACCAUCGUAUGGCUUAUGGCAGGCCAUGCAAAUCAGUCCUACUACUCACCCAACGCCUUGCUCUACUCCAAUGUGGAGACCUUCACUUUCCGGACCGAGAUCGAGCAGCCGCUCUCCCUCGUCAUCAGCACCUUCUACUCCAACAAGGAGAUCUUCCUCAGGGAGCUCAUCUCCAAUGCAUCCGACGCGCAUGACAAGAUCAACUUCGAGAGGAAGCUGCUUGAAGAGCUCUGCAUCCGCAUCGUCCCUGACAGGACCACCAAGACGCUCUCCAUCAUCGACUCUGGUGUCGGAAUGACAAAGUCCGACCUUGUCGACCACCUCGGCACCAUCAUGCGCUCCGGAACAAAGGAGUUCAUGGAGACACUCGACGCAGGCUCUACCCACAUCCCCAUGAUCGGCCAGUUUGGGGUCGGCUUCUACUCUGCGUACCUCGUUGCCCACAAGGUCGUCAUCACCACCAAGCACAACGACGACGAGCAGUACAUUUGGGAGUCCCAGGGCGGCAGGUCAUUCACCAUCACGCUUGACACCACUAACAAGCCCAUUCGGCGAGGCACCAAGAUCACACUCUCCCUCAAGGAUGACCAUCUCCAGUAUCUUGAGGAGGACCGCCUCAAGGAUCUCAUCAAGAAGUACUCCGAGUUCAUCGCCUAUCCCAUCUAUCUCUUGACCGAGAAGACUACAGAGGGGGAUAUCGGCCAUGAUAAGGACCAACACGAUGACAUCGAGGAGAUUGACGACAAAGGCAAGAAAAAGAAGAAGAAAGUUUCUUUUGACGAGAAACUAGGGAGGGGAGAGCUUCCCCGCCUGGAUUAUAUUAAGAACAAUCGAAAGAGUUUGGUGGACCACGAGUGGGUGGAGAUCAACGAGCAGAGGCACAUCAGGCUGCAUGACCUGAAAGGGGUCACGCGCGAAGAGUGCAAUUCCUUGUACAAGUUCCUGACAAAUGAUUGCAAAGACUACCUUGCCGUGAAGCACUUCUCGGUUGAGGAUGAUCUGCAGUUCAAGGCCAUCGUCUUCGUGCCCUUCCACGUGCCGGUGGACCCGUUCAACAUGCGCAAGAAGCUCAACAACAUCAAGGUCUACAUGCGCCGUGUCUUUAUCACGGACAACUGCGGAGAGCUUAUCCCGGAGUGGCUUGGCUUCAUUAAGGGUAUCGUGGACUCCAACGACCUGCCGCUCAACAUCUCCCGUGAGAUGCUGCAGCAGAACGAGAUCCUUAAGGUCAUCCGCAAGGUUCUCGUCAAGAAGUGCAUCGAGAUGUUCUUCGAGAUCGCCGACAACAAGGACGACUACGCCAAGUUCUACGACGCCUUCUCCAAGAACAUCAAGCUAGGCAUCCACGAGGACUCUGAAAACCGUGCCAAGCUGGCCGACCUACUGCGUUACCACUCCACAAAGAGCGGCGAUGAGAUGACGAGCCUCAAGGACUACGUCACGCGCAUGAAGGAGGGGCAGACCGACAUAUACUACAUCACCGGUGACAGCGACAAGGUUGUCAAGAACUCUCCGUUCCUGGAGCAGCUCAAGAAGAAGGGGUACGAAGUCCUCUUGAUGGUGGACGCCAUCGAUGAGUAUGUCAUGGGGAAACUGAAAGAGUAUAAUAGCAAGAAGCUUACAUACAGUGAAUAA